GAGACUCAGUUUGUUAAAGAAAUGGCCGAGACGCACAGCGAGGUCAAGUACAAGGAGGCGGGAAAGAAAGAGGCCGGCAGCUCUUUGUACCACCGUCUGCCCGAGACUCUGGAGACGCAGCGCGUUAAAGAGGUUUCUGAGCUGCAGAGCGAGAACAAGUACAAGCAGAGCGGCAGGAAGUCGAUGUCGACCAGUCUGUACGCUCAGCUGCCGCAGACGGCCGAGACGCAGCUCGCCGCCAAGAUGUCCGACCUGCAGAGCGAGAGCAAAUACAAGGAGGACGGCGUCAGGAGCCGCCAGCAGAGUUUCUACUCGCAGCUCGCCGAAACCGCCGAGACGCAGUUGGCCAGAGGCGUCUCCGAGCUGCAGAGCGAGGCCAAGUACAAGGAGGCGAGCAGGAAGGAGGCGAGCAGCAGCUUGUACCAUCAGCUGCCGGAAACUCUGGAGACUCAACACGCUAAAGAGGCUUCGGAGCUCCAAAGUCAGGUGAAGUACAAGGAAGGAAAGAAAGACCUGAGCACCAACCUUUACUCUCUGCUGCCUGAGACUGAGGAGAUCAAGUUCGCUAAAGCCGUCAUGGAGCUCCAGAGUGAGAACAAAUACAAGCAGAAAGGCCGACAGGAGAGCAGCAGCAGCGUUUUCCACCAGAUGCCGGAGACCAGAGAGAUGGAGUUUGCUAAGCAGAUCUCAGAGCUUCAGAGUGAGUCAAAGUACAAGAAGGACAAAGAGGACCUGCCCAACACUUUGUACUCGCUGCUGCCUGAAACUCUGGAGACUCAGUUUGUCAAAGAAAUGGCCGAGACGCACAGCGAGAGUAAAUACAAGGAGGCCGGUAGGAAGGAGCUGCUCAAGAGUCUGUACUCUCAGCUACCAGAGACCAAAGACACUCAACAUGCCAAAGAGCAAACUCAGCUGUGCAGCGAGAAGUCCUACAGGGAUGAAGGUAAGAAGGAGGCCGGCUGCAGCCUGUACGCUCAGAUGCCCCAAACCAUCGAGACCGUCUUCGCCAAGGAGCUGACCAAGACGCAGAGCGACAAGUUCUACAAGGAGAAGUUCAACCGGGAGAAGGGCAAGUCGAGCUACGCCAACAUGAAGACGCUGCCGGAGGUGGACCACGCCAUGGAGGUCAACAAGAACCAGAGCGAAGUCGGCUACAGAAAAGGCAAAGAGGAGCUCCAUCACUACAGCUCGGCGCCGGACAGACCCGACAUCGUGAACGCCACCAACGCUGCCAAACUGGCCAGCGACGUGGCCUAUAAGAGUAACACCAAGCAGACCGUUUACAGCGACGGAUCUCUCCUGGACAGGACCGACAUCCAGCACGCCAAAGAGGUUUCCAAGCUGGCCAGCCAGGUGAAGUAUAAGGAGAGCUUUGACCGAAAUUUAAAGGGCCAGAAACCUCGUUACAACCCGCUGGACUGCCUCUCAUUCAAACACUCACAAGCCGCUGCUGCUUUGGCCAGUCAGGUGAAGUACAAAACCAACCAGAACCAGAGACCAGAAGGUUCUGCGGACCUGCCGAACCUGCUGCAGCUGGAACACGUUCUACACGCCAGCAAGCUCCAGAGCAACGUGGAGUAUAAGAAGAAGUACGAGCAGACCAAGGCCCAGCACCACGCCGCCGAGGACACGGCCGAACAGCUCCACCACAAGGAGAACGCCGUGCUGCACAGCCAGGUGAAGUACCGGCAGGAGUACGAGAGGAGCAAAGGGCGCUCUCAGAUGGAGUUUGCAGACACUCAGACGUACAAGGUUUCCAAAGAAGCUCAGAAGAUGCAGAGCGAGAGGGAGUAUCGGCGGGACUUUGAGCUCGAGAUGAAGGGAAAAGCUCUGGUGGACGUCGACCAGACUCCUGGAUAUCUAACGGCUCGACACGCCAGCAGCCUGCUCAGCGAGAAGCAGUACAGGAAGGACCUGGAGCAGCAGGUGAAGGGGCGGGGCUUAUCUGGCGUCGGGCUGGAGGACACGCCUGAGCUGCUGAGGGUUAGAAAAGCCAACCAGAUCCUGAACCAGAAGGAAUACCGGCGCGACCUGGAGAGGGACAUCGUUGGAAAAGGAAUGGAGCUGAGCGCCGACGUCCUGGAGAUCCAGAGAGCAAAGAGGGCCUCAGAGAUCCAGAGCCAGAGGUCCUACAAACAGACGGAUCAGCUGAGAGAAAACUCGUACGGGACCGUUACCGACACUCCUGAGCUGCUGCACGCCUCCUACCUCAAAGACGUCUACAGCCAGAAGAAGUACAAGGACGAGGCGGAGCGUCUGAAGGGAAGCUACAGUCUGGUUCCAGAGACUCCGGAGAUGGAGCGAGUCAGAGCCAACCAGAGACACAUCAGCUCUCUGCACUACUGCUGGGACUCCAAGCUGAUGAGGGGCCUCAUGUCGUCGGUAACGGAGACGCCGGAGAUCGUCCUCUGUCGCUCCGUCGGCGUGAUGCGAGGUGUGAUCUGUGUGUGUGGACAGGUGAAGUACCGGCGCGGCCUGCAGGAGCUGAGGGGGCGGAGCUGCACCGAGCUCGACACACCUGAGUACAGGCGUGUCAGGAAGUCGCAGGACUCCGUCUCCAUGGCAAAGUACCACGAGGACUUUGAGCGAGCUCGCGGUCGAGGCUGCACGCCGGGACUGGACGACCCCAGCAUGGAGCGCUACCAGAGAGCCAAUCAGAUGAUGGGGGAGGCGGCCUACAGCAAAGGGAUCCACCCCCAGGCCAUGGAGAUGGACAGGCGGCCAGGAGGCAUCAUCGUAGACCUGAAGGUGUGGAGGACGGAUCCAGGCUCCAUCUUUGACUUUGACCCGCUCGAGGACAACAUUCAGUCCAAGAGCCUCCGCAGGAUGUCCGGUAGUUCGUCCAAAACCUGCAGAUUAACAAGCCUGCGAGUGGCUGCCAGAGGAAGACGGGACGAAAGCGCUGGGCGUGUUGUUUUUCUGACGUCCACAGAUCUUAACAGACUAACUCACUGUCUCCUUGCAGCUCCUGUCCUCCCUGGAGCUUAUCACCAGGGCGUCCAGAUGCAGCAGCAGCAGCAGUACCACGGCUACAUGCACCAGACCAGCAUGUCGUCCGUCAGAUCGGUCACCUCACCGCCACACUCAGCCACCAUGCGGGUUUACCGGGCGCUGUACGACUACGCGGCUCAGGACCACGACGAAGUCUCGUUCAGGGACGGCGACGUCAUCGUCAACGCCCAGCCGAUCGACGAGGGCUGGAUGUACGGCACCGUGCAGAGGACCGGCAAGUCGGGGAUGCUGCCGGCAAACUACGUGGAGUUUUGCAACUAAAGCAGCGAGGACGGAGAGGGAGAGAGAAGAAGAAAUCUACAGGAUAACGUCCACCCUCAGUGUUACAGAAGCAGAUGUUGGUGAUGGUCUUUGCAUUUCAGGGUUCAUUUGUGUAUUUGAGGUUCUUCUCUGGAAACCCGGCCACAUGUGUAAUAGAUACGAUUCAGCGGCACAAGAAGUUCUAGUCUGACUUUUAAAGAGCUCCUGUUCUGCAUAGUCACAGGUUUAUAACUGUACUAUGGGGAUAAUUAAUGUUCUCUUUCUGUCCACAGCUAAAGCACACGUUCUGUCUGAAACGCUCUGUUUUAACUUCUUUCUUCUUUGAGGUCACGACAGUCCGUUCUGCUCGGAUUGGUCAGCUACACGAGGAAGUUCAAAACGUUGGUUCGACCAAGUAACCAUAAAGAGAUGCAAAAUGAGCACAGAGGCUGUGUCAGGAAUCAUCCGCUCACUCCCUGCCCACCAUCCAGGGACCACCAUGUAGGGACUAUGUAGGGAGCACCUCGGCAAAGGAACGUUCUGGAGACUACCCGAGCUACUAAUUACGCCGCGAUUUGUGCAGCGUAGUGCAUCAAAUUGACAGUUUACUGUGUAGCUCAGAAACGGGUAAAAUCAAAUUUAACCAAACAUGAACAGGAAGUUAUUCACAUUUUGAUGACCAGUUUCCACGCUCUCGUUGGUCUAGUUUCCUUUCACACACGAUGGUCCGUAUUGCUGGUUAGCGGCCGUCAGCUGUACACUACUGUUCACGGUGCAUUGUGGGAUAUUUGGAGUGUACUAUAUAGGGUGAAACAGUUGUAACCUAACAGCCCUACAAAAUGGUGCACACCCUGUGUAGUGCCAUGGAGACACAAAAUGAACACAGAGUCACAGAAAAUGCUUCAUUGUCAGGAGUAUGCAUUCAGUGUGGUACUUAUUAUUAAAUGUUUAGUAUUUCUGUUCUCGUGUGUGCUUCUGGUUAGGAGACACACAAAACAACCACAAAGAAACUUAAAAUGAGCACGAAGAGAAGCAAAAUGUCUCCCUGUCAGGACUGUGUUUCCUCCCGUCAGGUCCACACCAAACAUGCUGGACUCCAUCUGACCACACAAUGUUCCAUCCGUCAGGCUUCUUUUCAUGUUCUUUCACAAAAUUCUGGCUCAGCUUUACGAGUUUAGGCAAAGAGUUGGAGCUCUGGAGAAGUAUGAAGCAGGAAAUAUGUUACGUUGCGCCGUAGAUGAGGAAGAGAAGAAGAGCGUGGACUUAAAACGAAGCGUUUCAUGCAUCUCAGGAGUUUGUUUUCUGUGGGGAGAGAGUAGCUCUCUUUUACAUGCACAAAAAACCAGCUAGACGAAGGACAGGAGAAAACCCCCGAAAAGCAGAAUAUGAGCUCUUUAAAGGCAGAAAAUGAUGUCAAACUCUUUAACAGUUUAUGUUGAUUUUUGGUUUCAGUCCCUGAACAUCAAACGGAAACAAUCCCUCAUGAGAAAAUCCACCAGAAAGCACAGAGACAAGCAUCUACAAGAAAGGCUGUGGUUUGAUUAGAGGCGUUUUACUUCCAACAAACAGGUCCAUGCUUCGUCUUCUGGUGGUACUGAAAGGUAUUUUGGGAAACCGUGUAAUUCUUCACCACAAAAUAACAGCUGGAAUGCGCUGAACAUGGCAGGCUGGUGGUGUCGGCCACAACUGAUCUGAGGGAGAUUUUCUUACUGAGAGGAGGAGAUGGAGGAGAGGAGAGGUGGAUAAAGAGAGAAAACAAGCAUCGCUGACAUCAAAAUUUACAGCUCGAGGAGGAAAGGGUGCAUGAAGAACGAAGCAAGUCAUGAAAAACAUGAGUAAAGCUAAAGUGAGAGCAGUUUGAACAGAAUGAUGUUCGAUGCUUUUCUUAAUACCAACAGCACCCAUGAAAAGACCAAAAACAACAUUCAGUGUCACCAACAAGUGUUUUGUCUUUGUAGGUUUCAUCCUCUGAGCCACAGAGCUCUAAAAAGUAUUAAAUCACAUCUGGCUGUCACAGAUCCUCUGUAGAGCCCUUGUGUUCAACAUGCAGGCCCACAGUAGGAGCUCAGCUGGGACUUUGUUGUUUGGAUGCUUCUCCUGCAGACUGGGAGUCGUCCUGUCAGACAGCAUUCUGGUUCAUCCACAGACGCUGUGUCAUCUAUAAAUAUCAUCUCUCCAACACCUUUUGCACUCAUGCAGAUCCCCACCGUCACCCUCCUGCCUCCUGAUUCACUGUCAGGACGAUGCAAGAAAUCCUGAGGGCUGAGCGACGAAGCCAGUUUGACACAUCCAGGCUUUGUUUGUGUGAGCCGGCUCGACAUAAACCAAAGCCCCAGCCAGAGAUCACAGGUAUCACCGAGGUGGUUAAAAACUUUCUGCUUCAGACUCUGUGUUAGUUCACAUAAAAGGAGGCGUUUGACGUGACUCUUCUUCACUAAAGUAAAUCAUUGUGUGCAGCCGCUUCAGUCGACACGUUUUAAUGGAGAACAAUGAGGAAUAUAAACAUUAUGACGGUUUAAAAAAUGGUGAAGACAGGAAUGCUGGUAGACAACUGUCAAACGUGUUCAUAUAUAACAUUUUACUGACAGCUGCACGUUAAAGUUAACCUUUAACCUUCAUAUAUUUAAACCUGAUCUUGUGUUGAAGUGCAUUUAAGUCUGAUACUGUCCCACAAUGUAGGAAAUCACUUUAGUUUUUGGCCAAAUCCAAAAAAUAUAUAUAUAUUGUUAUUGAUUGAAUAUUCUCUGUAA